AUGUCCCUAUCUUCAAACUCCAUUCUUUGGAACACAGGGAGUAGUGGAGGAGGAAGCGUCGGUGGUGGUGGCCUCGCUGACGAUCGACUGCUGCACGGGUUGGGAGCUCUGAACAACGCCACAUCUACGCCCUUGUUACUUGCACAUCAUCACAGCAACAACUUAGCCAACAACAACAGUAGCAGCAACAACAACAGCAGCAACAACAUCAACAUCAGUCAUCACGAAAACAACAGUUCCACGCCUGCUUCAAUCACUGGCUCUACCACGUCAUCAUCGUCGUCGUCGUCGUCUUCGUCAGCUGCGGCUACAACAACUACAGACAACAACAACGGCAACAAUAACAUCAACAUCGUCAUAAAACAGCAGCAACAACAACACAGUAACGGCAACAGCAGCAACACACAACAACAACAACCUAGCAUAGAAUGUGUCGUUUGUGGCGACAAAAGUUCUGGCAAACAUUACGGCCAGUUUACGUGCGAGGGCUGCAAAAGCUUUUUCAAGCGUUCGGUCAGACGCAACCUGACGUACACAUGCAGAGGUAGUAGGAACUGCCCCAUCGACCAGCACCACCGCAACCAGUGUCAGUACUGCAGGUUCAAAAAAUGUCUCAAGGCUGGGAUGCGAAGAGAAGCUGUUCAGAGAGGCCGCAUCCCACCAUCCCAACAUCCUGGAUUCGCAGGCCAACUGAUGCUGGGCAAUGGCGACCCCUUCGGAGGGCACAGCUACCUCUCCAGUUUCAUCUCAAUGCUGCUCAGAGCCGAACCUUACUCGACCUCGCGGUACGGCCAGUGCAUGCAGCCCAACAACAUCAUGGGCAUCGAAAACAUUUGUGAACUGGCGGCCCGACUGCUCUUCAGUGCUGUCGAAUGGGCCAGAAACAUUCCUUUCUUUCCUGACCUUCAAGUCACCGACCAGGUUGGUCUUCUGCGUCUCAGUUGGAGUGAGCUGUUCAUCUUGAAUGCAGCCCAGUGUAGCAUGCCUCUCCACGUGGCUCCUCUUCUUGCUGCAGCCGGUUUACACGCUAGUCCGAUGGCUGCAGACAGAGUGGUCGCUUUCAUGGACCACAUUCGAAUAUUUCAAGAGCAGGUUGAAAAGUUGAAGACUCUUCAUGUUGACUCAGCCGAAUAUAGCUGCUUAAAAGCAAUCGUCCUCUUUAGUUCAGACAAGGUCAAGUCCCGCACAGUGAGAAACUUCACUUACUACGCAGAUGCCUGUGGUCUCUCGGACGCCUCACACAUCGAAAGUUUACAAGAAAAGUCUCAAUGCGCCCUCGAGGAGUACGUGAGGAUUCAGUACCCCAAUCAACCGACUCGCUUCGGAAAACUUUUGUUGAGGCUGCCCUCGCUCAGGACCGUCUCAGCGCAAGUCAUCGAGCAACUCUUUUUCGUCAGACUCGUCGGAAAGACGCCAAUCGAAACGCUGAUAAGAGACAUGCUGCUGAGUGGAAGUUCGUUCAGUUGGCCCUACAUGUCCAUGCAGUGAUGAUAUGAAGGAUUGCUGUGGGUGGUGGAAAGAUGGAGGAUUGUUGUGGGUGGUGGAAAGAUGGAGGAUUGUUGUGGGUGGUAUAGAGAUGGAGGAUUGUUGUGGGUGGGGAAAAGAUGAUGGUUUGCUGGUGAAUGCUGAGAAAUGUUGUUGUUUAGUUGUGUUGGUAGUUUGAGUGUUGUUGAUGUGUUGAUAUUCAAUGAGGAUGCGUUUAAAAAUAAUUUGAUUCAACUG